CCUUUCCUUUCACAGGCUCUGCAGCAAACUCCGGUCACUGUCAUUGUUCCUGUGGCCCAGAGAAAUGCCCAGGGAAAUCUGCCAAGGAUGCCAGUCCAUGCCCACAUGGGAACCCACACCUGCUUGUAAAGCCUUCCCUCCCUCUGAGCAGCAGCCAGGACAGUUUGGUGUUCCAAGCAGUGGGCUCCUGUCUGUUUUGACUCAGAACAGGGUGGGGAGAGCAGGCCAGGGACCCGCAGGAGGGCUUAUCCUUGAGAUUGCGUGGGAGACACAACAAGAGGUGGGGGCCCGCGGGCGGGGUGGGGCGGAGCAGGUGAUAUCCAGCCCAGAGCCCCAGCCUCUCCCCACAGUCCCACCAUGGCCCGCACCGUGGUGCUCAUCACUGGCUGUUCCUCGGGCAUCGGCCUGCACUUGGCCGUACGACUGGCAUCGGACCCAUCUCAGAGCUUCAAAGUGUACGCCACCAUGAGGGACCUGAAAACACAGGGCCAGCUGUGGGAGGCAGCCAGGGCCCAGGGGUGCCCUCAGGACUCCCUGGAGAUGUUGCAGCUGGACGUAAGGGACUCAAAAUCCGUGGCCGAUGCCCAGGCAUGCGUGACCGAGGGCCGCGUGGACAUACUGGUGUGUAACGCGGGCCAGGGCCUGCUGGGGCCGCUGGAGGCGCUGGGGGAGGACGCCGUGGGCUCUGUGCUGGAUGUGAACGUGGCAGGGACGGUGCGGAUGCUGCAGGCCUUCCUGCCAGAGAUGAAGCGGCGCGGUUCGGGGCGCGUGCUGGUGACCGGGAGCAUGGGAGGACUGAUGGGUCUGCCCUUCAAUGACGUUUACUGCGCCAGCAAGUUUGCACUGGAAGGCUUAUGCGAGAGUCUGGCGGUUCUGCUGCCGCCCUUUGGGGUCCACGUGAGCCUGAUCGAGUGCGGCCCGGUGCACACCCCCUUCAUGCAGAAGGUGUUGGGCGGCCCCGGCGGGAUGCUGGACCGCACGGACACCCGGACCCGCCUCCUCUUCCACCAAUACCUCCAGCACAACAAAGAGAUCUUCCGCGAGGCCGCGCAGCGCCCGGAGGAGGUGGUGGAGGUCUUCCUCACCGCUCUGCGCGCCGCGAAGCCGGCCCUGCGCUACUUCACCACCGAGCGCUUCCUGCCCCUGCAGCAGAUGCGCCUGGACAACCCCAGCGGCUCCAGUUACGUCGCCGCCAUGCACCGCAAUGUGUUCCCCAAAGAGCCCUCAGAGACCGAGGCCGGGACCGGCACCAGUGGGGUGGGGGACCCUGAGCUGGGUGAUCCUCUGGCCGCCCCGCAGUAGAGGCUCCCUCAGCCACUGACUCGCCCCCUCCUUUGUCCCCUGGGUCUGUGUGGUCCCUGGGGAUGGGGUAGCGAUGGCUGCUGUGGAUGGUUAAUUAAGACAGAUCGCCUUAGCCCGGUAUACCUGCGCGACUAGGCCAGAUGGCUGUUGCCUGUAAUCACAGGGGUUUGGGAGGCGGAUCCAGGAGGAUCGCUUGAGCUCAGGAGUUCGAGACCAGCCUGGGCAAUAUAG